AUGGAGAUCGAACUCUCCGAUGUUGCAUUUGAAGCCUCAGUCUGGGACGUCAAGCGUACAUUUGGGGCCAUCUUGCACAGCGAUGAAUUCCAUAAUGCCGAUCCCAAAUCCCCGCGAGCAGUCAACUUUAGAGUUACACUCAACCCCGGCGCCGGUGGUGUGAGGAACAACGGGAGUGGCUUCUUGAUUCUGCCCAACCGCAAGCUCGGCGACAGGCUUCUCAAACGAGUGUAUGAAGAGGGAAAGUCCAUCACCAUCAACGGACGCAAGCUCAGGCUUUUCCGCAGCAAGAGGCCACCCGGUCGUGCUCUGAGGGAAACCCUGGAGAAGACACCGUACCUCGAACCCGACGAGGAAGAGAAGCGCGAGCAAAAGCUCAGUCGGCUUGACUUGGGUCUGCAUGUCGACAAAGUUCAGUUUGGAGUGUUCUAUCGGGGGCCUGAACAGCCGAUGACUGCACCUCGAGUUUUCUCAAACGAAUAUGAGAUCAGUCAUCGCGACAAGGGCGCGGGUUUCUUGUGGUUUGAGUAUGACCACAAACUUAUCCGCAUACAGUUGGGUGACAGGAUGACAGAAGAAAUCGGGACCAACAUCGCGAUCAACUUCUCUAACAUCCGCAGGCUUGCGAUUGGCAUGGACUUCGGUAACCCAUUCGUAUGCUUUGAUCUUCUCACUCCGCCUAUGCUGGAACGCGAGCGGUUCAACCGCACCCUCACGGGGAACGACUGGAGGGACCAGCGCAAGUUCAGACAGAGGCUAGACAGCCUCACUCCCGCGCACGCCAUCGUCGCCCCAUACGCCCACAAUCUGCGGGUUAUCAUGCACACCGAGGCCGACAUCCGCAAGUUCAGAGAGCUGUGCGAGAUCGCCGAGGUGCAGCGCCCCAUCCUAGCGAACGUCGAGGCCUUCUGCCGCGGCUUCUUUGCCCCGAAGCAGCUGCACAAGUUCCACCUCUGGCUGCAGCAGUUCAGCUGGCCCGUCGCGUUCCAGAUCGAGGCGCUCCUUCGCGGCGGCUUCCUGAACACGGAGGACAUCCUCGGCUACUUCCGCGUGCCAUUCGAAAAGCUCUACAAGGACAUGGGCGCGCAGGCCGCGAUCGUGCUGCGUAACUUCUGUGAGGCGCUCCGCACGCGCAACCCCAAGGACUCCGCGGCGGACUGUCUGCGCCACUCGAUGCCCGAGAACGGCAAGCGCGACAAGGCGUCGCGGAUGGCGAUGCGGAAGUUCGAGGACUAUGAGGAGCGCGCGGCGCGCGACAAGGACAUGGGCAAGUUCCAGUGCCACCACAUCACGUUCACGCCGACGCGGGUCAUCCUGGAGGGCCCGUACGUGAGUGUAAGUAACCGCGUGAUCAGACAGUUCGCGGGCUUCGAGGACCAUUUCGUACGGGUCGACUUCCGCGAUGAAGAUCGCCUGCAGUACCGAUGGGCACGAGAGGUCGACGGGACGACACUCCUCACGGAGCGUGUCGGCGGUAUCCUGAAGCACGGAUUCGAGCUUGGGGGGCGGCAGUACGAGUUCCUCGCGUACUCGUCCUCCGCGCUGCGCGAGCACGCGGUGUGGUUCAUGAACCCGUUCGAGCACCCAACGCAAGGCUUCGUGUGCGCGCAGCGCAUCCGCGACAGCCUGGGCGACUUCACGAACGUGAUCAAGCAGCCGUCGAAGUACGCGGCGCGGCUCGCACAGGCGUUCACCGCGACGGACCCGUCCGUGUCGAUCUCGCGCGACCAGUGGGAGGAGAUGGAGGACCUCGAGAGCGAGCAGGAGGACUACCUGUUCACGGAUGGCGUGGGCACGAUCUCACAGGAGCUGGGCGACAUGAUUUGGGAGGCGCUGUGUACUGCGAAGGAGUCGCUCCGGAGGGUUGACCACACUCCCCAUGCGUACCAAAUCCGUUUCCUGGGAUUCAAGGGUGUCGUAGUGAUCGACAAGAGGCUCAAGGGAAUCAAGAUGCGCCUGCGCCCGUCCAUGAACAAGUUCGAGGUGCCCGACAUGGACAUUGCGCCCAUCGAGAUCGCGCGCUGGUUCGACAGGCCCGGCACGUCCUACCUCAACAAAGCGCUCAUCAUGAUCCUUGAAGACCGCGGCGUCGAGCAAAAAGCGUUCCUCAAGCUGCAAGAAAUGGCCGCCGCCCAGAUCACGACCGCCUCCGACACGAUCACCUCCACCACCCUGCUCCUCAAGGCGCACAACCUCGGCCAGAGCUUCAACAUCCCGUUUGUCCUCAAGGCGCUGCGUGCGGCGGGGCUCGGCAUGCGCGGCGAGCCGGACUCGCCCGCGGGCGACCUCGGCGACACGUUCCUCCGCAGCCUGCUCAUCUUCGCACAACACCACAUUCUCAGGGACAUCAAGCAUGGGGCGCGCAUCCCGAUCCCGGACAGCUAUUUGCUCGUGGGCGUGGCGGAUGAGGGCCCGGUGUAUGAGAAGGAGGGUGUGGAGGAUGUGUUUAUGCUGCAGGAGGGGCAGAUCUAUGCGUGUAUCCAGAACGAGGCCGACGAGAAGCCUGUGUACCUCAAAGGCACUGUGUCGAUAUCUCGCAGCCCGGUCGUCCAUCCAGGCGAUGUCCAACGAGUGUGGGCCAUCGGAGAGCCGCCGGCGGGCAAGGAGUGCUUCUUCCGUGGGCUCAAGAACGUCGUGGUGCUCCCCUCAGUCGGUAAGCGGUCCUUGGCGUCGAUGCUGGGCGGCGGAGAUCUGGACGGCGAUCUGUACUCCAUCAUCAAGUACGACCCCCUGAUCCCGAUUGAACAUGCGGAGCCGGGCAGCUAUGUGAGCGUAGGCACGAGGUCGCUUCCGGAUGGCCGGGAUAGCACGGUGGACGACAUCUGCGACUUUAUCGUAGAGUACAUCAAUUCGGACGUGUUGGGCCUGUUGUCGGACCGUCAUCUGAUCAUUGCUGAUCAAUCCAAGGACGGAACAAGUGACCCAGCGUGUCUUGAGCUUGCGAGGUUGUGCAGUCAGGCUGUGGAUUACCCCAAGAACGGUGUACCUGUCGACAUCUUCGACUCUCCGAAGCUGCUAAUCCGCGAGAAGCCUGACUGGAAGAAGGCGGAGGACAGCGACCCGCGAGACACCGACUACUAUUUCUCCAGCCGUGCACUGGGCGAGUUGUUCCGGAGCAUCGACCUCAACAACCUCAAGCUGCCCGUCUCCCCCGCCCCACUCCCGAACGGCGCCCUCGUCCUCCCUCCGCCCCGGGAGCAGCCGCUCUCGGACGCAAUCUCAAUCGCGCUGCGGCCGUUCAUCGAGGGGCAGCUGUUCUACUUCGAGAACGCGGACCGGAACGUGGCGGAGAUGACGGCGCUCUUCCAGCGGUACGAGCAGGAGCUGCGGUACAUCUGCGUGACGCACGCGCUCUCGGACGCGCCGGACAUCCGGCUGCAGGAGGAGGAGGUCGUGGUCGGCACGAUCCUCGCGGUGUGCUCGCAGCAGCGGUGGCGGCGCGACCGCAUGCACCGCAUGCGCCUGCACUCGUCGGAGCUCGUGCGCGACGUGCGCCGGCGGCUGUACCAGCCCGCGGACGUGCUCAACCCGGAGCAGGGCGAGCUGCUGUAUGGGCUGUCGCAGGCGUGGCUCGCGUGGGAUUUUGGGCAGCGGAACAGGAGCGUGUUCGGCGCGCGCAGCUUCGGGCUCGUCGCGCUCGGCGUCGUGCUCGACACGCUCUCCAAGCUCGGCGCCCUUGUUGUGUGA